GAGUAAUCAGGCUGCGCCCGGCCGCCGGCUGGGUGGCCGGUGGUCCCUGCCCGCCGUUUCUGCCCCAGUCCUGCACUAAUCCUAACCCCCGCCCCCGCCAUGGGCCUGCAGCUCUACCUGGACUUGCUGUCCCAGCCUUGCCGCGCCGUCUACAUCUUCGCCAAGAAGAACGGCAUCCCCUUCGAGCUGCGCACCGUGGACCUGCUCAAAGGUCAGCACUACAGCGAUGACUUUGCCCAGGUGAACCCCCUGAGGAAGGUGCCAGCCUUGAAGGAUGGGGACUUCACCUUGGCUGAGAGUGUGGCCAUCCUGCUGUAUCUGACCCGCAAGUAUGAGGCCCCCGACCACUGGUACCCCCAGGACCUGCAGGCCCGAGCCCGUGUGGAUGAGUACCUGGCGUGGCAGCACACGGCCCUGCGAACAAGCUGCACCCGGACCAUGUGGCAGAAGAUGUUGUUCCCUGUGUUACUGGGCCAACGGGUGCCCCCUGAGACACUGGCAUCUACUCUGGCCGAGCUGGACAGGUGCCUGCAGCUGCUUGAGGACAAGUUCCUGAAGGACCAGGACUUCCUUUCUGGGCCUCACAUCUCAGUGGCAGACUUGGUGGCCAUCACAGAGCUGAUGCAUCCUGUCAGCGCCGGCUGUGACAUCUUCAAAAGCCGGCCUAAGCUGGCUGCGUGGCGCCAGCGCGUGGAAGCUGCGGUGGGGGAGGACCUCUUCCAGGAGGCCCACGCGGUCAUCAUGAAGGCUAAGGACCUGCCUCCAGCCGACACUGCCAUGAAGGAGAGGCUGAAGCCCUUGGCGCAGCUUUUGUUGCAGUGAGUACCGGGUGGGCCUGCAGAACCACCGUCGACGGAGCUCUGUCCUCAGAAUAAAGAAAUGGCACUGCCUCCCCUUGGCUGUGAGCGAGACACCUGCGCAGAGUCCGGUCCACAGUGUCUUCCACAUGCCAGUCCUGUGUUCCUUCUUCUGUCUGCCUGCCAACUUCACCCUUACCCCUUGCACGCUGACUUCCAUGUGACCUCUGGAAAUAGCUUUAGUAAACACAGAUGUGACCCUGA